AUAUAUAUAUAUAUAUAUAUAUAUAUAUAUAUAUAUAUAUAUAUAUAUGCCCAGGUUCCUAAACACAAGUGUGUCUGUUGCGGUGAUUGUUUUUGUAAGUUGUGGUAGCGUAGAAACAGAAUAACAUUUAACCUCUCAAUCAAGUGUACGUCAUAUGUGUACACCAGGUACAUUUCAAACUGUUGCUAUUUGUGAUGAUCUGUGCAAAAAGUGAUGUUGUGUUUUUGAGUUUUGUGUUCACAGUUUCAGAUGAUAAUUUAAGUGAAAGGCUCUCCUUCCUCUGAACAGUGUGUUUUUUCAGGUACUGUAUUUUUUUAUAUAAUUAUGUGAGUAGAAUAAAAUCCAGUAUAUUCUCUAUUGUUUGCUUUUUUUUUUUUCUGACAGUCAACAGAUGUCAGUGGUGAGUCUUGUUUGCCCACUGUGUUACAGGUCACAUGACCUUUUGCCUCUCACUGACUGAUACUAAAUAAACGUUUUCUGCUUUAGAUUAGUUGGGCCUCAUAAAUUAUAUAUAUUUGCUACAUGUCAGUUGCACCAGUCUCUUGUGUUUUUGUGCAGCAAAAUACAUAGAAAACAACACAACCUCUGCCCAGUUUAGUUGGUAUUCACAAACUUGGAAGCUUGAACUUUUUAAAUUAAAGGGUAGCACUGGUUGCUAUGGCCAAACAUUUCCUCCUUAGUUUCAUCAGACCAUAGUAUAUGCCACUAGAAAUUAAGAUUUUUGUCUUUGAGUUCAUUUGCAAACUAACCUCCGUUUUUAUUGCCACAUAGGAAAUGAUAACUUUUCCCCUUUUUGCCCAUGUUGAUGCAUGGCUUGUUCUUCUGGACAACAACACUCACUUAUUAACUUCAGCCAGCUUCCUCACUUCUUUUUUUUUUUUUUUUUUUUUCUGCUUUUGCUCCAGGGUAUUACACACAUUUCACACUAAAACACAUUCAUCUCUGUGACACAGAAACAAUCUCCGUCUGGAAAGAUAUGAUGAACAUUUCCAUGCUGUUUAUACUUGGAUAUCAUGGUUUCAACAGAUAAAUGUGGCACAUUCAGGCAUUUGGAUUUCACUCCCAAUAUCUUGUCCAUAAUUAUCUUUCUGACAACUUGACUGAUUUCUUCAGAUUUUUCCAUUGUGUCACCCAAAGAAACACUAUGCUCAAGGGAUUGCCUUUAAAUAAGCCCACAGGUGUGUCUCCGGCUAAUUGAAAUGUUGAGAAUGAACCUUUCAGAAUCUGGUGGUAACGCUGAGAAGCUAACCAAUCCUCCAGUGCCCUCACUCACUCUGGAGCUAUGGAGAGAAUAAAGGAUUAUGUGUAACAGCGAUCCCAGUAUACAGUGUGUAACAGUCGCCGCCACAUGCAGAUGGAUGAAAGAGUGAGUGUCAUUGGAGAGAGGAGGUUUGGUGUGCUCAUCUCCUCUUGAAAGAAGGGAUUUGAGGUGAUCACCAGCUGAUGGCUCCUCCCUCGUCCGUCCCUGCAGCUGAGUCAGUUCUCACAGUUCAUUUCCUCUCACACUGGUGGCAUCAGUGCUCCCUCAGGUCAUAUGUUCCUUUUUAAGGAAUCCUUUGUUUUUAAUCAAAGAUUUUAACACCUCUGAAGACUUUUGGGCAGCAGAAGGACUCAUGGAAGGGCUCAGCUAUACAAGAACAUCUCACAGGACCAAGGCUCAGUUAUAAAAUGAGUGAAGAGAUGUUUAUUUCUAAGACAUCCUUGGAGCUGAUGACAGAGUAAUGGGGAAAACAGGAGUGCAGACAUCUUCUUUGAAACUUUUAAUAUGAAUGAUGGAGGAGUCAAGCACUGCUUUCACCUCCGAGUAUAAUGACAGCACCUCAACAUGGACACCCAUGGCCUCUGCUCCCAACAGGCAGCUGGGCACACUUCCCAACCCGCUGACUCGAUUCAAAGACCUGACAGGACUGCUUUUCAUGGUGACCCUGAACGUUCUCGCACUUCUGGCCAACACCGCAGUGAUGGUGGUCAUUAUCAAAGCCCCUCACCUCAGGAAAUUUGCCUUUGUGUGCCACCUCUGUGCAGUGGACCUGCUGUGCGCCAUCUUGCUCAUGCCUCUCGGCAUCGUGUCCAGCUCGCCGUACUUCGCCGAGGUCAUGUUUACUGUGCUGGAGUGCCAGAUCUACGUCUUCCUCAAUGUAAUCCUCAUAGCUGCCUCUAUCUUCACCAUCACAGCCAUCAGUGUGGAACGGUACUACUACAUUGUCCACCCCAUGCGCUAUGAGGUCAAGAUGACCCUGAAGCUGACCUCAGCUGUUGUGGUGAUGGUGUGGGUGGCUUCGGCCAUUUUGGGCUUUUCCACCGUUUUCGGAUGGCCGUCUUAUGGCCUGAAGUCCAUCAGUGCUGCACACUGCUCACUUCACUGGAGCCACAAGAACCACAGGCGUAUUUUCUCUGCUCUCUUCAGCAUCACCUGUUUCUGUCUGCCAGCUGUGGUGAUCUUCGCUGUCUACUGCAAUGUGUACAAGGUGGCCCGAGUGGCGGCACAGCAGCAUGGGCCACUGCCCUCAUGGACAAACACUCAGGUCAAGCAUCGCUCAGACUCUAUAAACAGUCAGACGACCAUCAUCACGACUCACCACGCCCCUCGCAGGAUAACAAGAGAUCGGCCUUUUAUUGGCAGUAAAGCUGCUCUGACCCUCAUGAUUAUUGUCGGCCAGUUUCUAAUCUGCUGGCUGCCUUACUUUGCCUUCCACCUCCAUCUGAUACUGAACUCAAAACCCUGCACCCCUAAUGACUUGGAGGUAGUGGUGACCUGGUUGGCAUAUUCUUCCUUUUCUAUGAAUCCUUUCUUCUACGGACUUCUAAACAGACAGAUCCGCGAGGAGCUGUGCAAGUUGAGGCGCUGCUACUCAGCAUACCCGACAGACCCGGCCUUUUCCAGCCACGAGGGCUCGGGCCAUGAAAACUUCCUGGAGUUCCUCCAUAGGACCAGUUGCACAAUAGAGACACGUGCAAGCUUUGUAAUGCCCAGUCCCAGAACCACUCUGGAUCAAACUGGGCAGACUGGUUUCAGGAUACCAGGUCAGAUUCCAGAAGAGUUGAACUAGAUGUACCUCACAGCUUUGACAUGAUGUUAAUAACCUGCUGGACUAUAGAAGUCAUAUAGGAUAGCAUGAUUUAAUUACUACCAGCAAAUCUUCACACAAAAACAUGACAAACAUAAUUUGUUGUGUCUUUUAAAACUUGAUACUGUAAAAUCUGUAAAAGUUCUGAAAUGAUCGUAAAGUCAUUAAUGCUUUUCCAAGCAAACUCUACUUUUAUAAACUAUAAGCUACAACUUAGUAGUUCUAGUUUCAAAAAGAGGGGGUCUGUGUAUAUGAUAUUAUUACUUCAGAAGUCUGAAUCAGUCAACAGGUUUACAUACAAAUCAUAGAUCUUGUAGAUUAUUAAAAGUGGAUCGCUCUUCCUUUUGUAAAAAUAUUUCUACAACUGAAAGAGAACAUGUUAUUUUAUAAUUUCAUUUAAAUACAAGCAAUUUUCUGCAAGUCAUUACUUGAUCAUUUGGUAAAAUAUUUUUUUCCCUAUGAAUUUAAUGAUUAUAGAAAAGCUGUGAUCUUUUACAUAAUCACAUGAAUCUGUUUUUGUUAAGACGUUUUUUUUCUAAAAACAGAUUAUCAAUCACCUUGGUACAUUUCUCUUUAGCUUAUACAGUCAGAAUUUAAACAGUUUUAAUUUAAUUUUUUAUUUUUUUAUUUUUUUUUUACAUUGCGGCAAUAAACAGUCAUAUAAUCUCUUUUAGUGAACAUGUUGGUGUAAUGUACGACAGUAAAAAAUGAAUUUGAAUGGUAGCAUAUUCAUUUGUAAGAAUGGUCCAGUCAAAGUCCAGACCAAAAUUCAAUUGAAGAUAUAUGGAAAAGUUACAAAUUGCUGUAUUCAGGCACUCACAUCUAAUUUUAUUGAGCUUGAGUUAUUUUGAAGAGAACAGGGUUAAAAUGUAAAACAUACCCAAACAGACUUGCAGCUGUAAUUUCAAUAAAAUGUGGUUGUUCCAAGUAUUUACCUUGAAU